UGUUAAAAACUUAAAAUAGUUAAAAAGAAUAAAAGCAUUUGCAUAUGAACUUUUGAGGAGUGACGGUGAAGCGUUGCCGCGAACUGCGUUGUUCUUCGUACACCGUACGCUCAGAGGUACAUAGCUCCUUACCUCUCUUCUUCCAGGUUUUAUUCUUCUUGGAGUCGGCGACAUUGUUCUCAAUUCGGCAUCUAAUUUCUUCCGCAUUCGGCAAAGUUGAUUUUUCUAUUUUCCCUUUUUGGGGUGAUUUUGAUCUUACAUAGAACAGGUUUCGAUGCAGAAAGUUUUCGAAUUGGGCAUAAAAUUUUCCUCUUUCAGAUUAGUAAGAUCAGGGUAGAGGUCUAGAGGACGCGUUCAGGUUUAAGUUUUUUCCACAAUUGGGAGGGUGGCUCUUGCGUGAUUGGGAGGAAGGACUUCAUAGGAUGAAGACAGGCUUAAAUGGGUUGAAGGGUAAAGAAAUUACUCUUAUUACCAUUGUUGUCAUGUCUGCAACUAUCAUUUUGUGGAACUGGGAGAAAACACCCCGUCUUACUGCCCUUUUCCCUCCGCAAGAUCCAUUGCAGCUGUCUUCAGAAAUACUUUCAAGUGUGCCAGAUGAAGUAAAACAUCCUUCGUAUGUAUCAGAUGAAGAAAAACAUCCUUCAAGUGUGUCAGAUGUAGUAAAACAUCCUUCAAGAGUGUCAGAUGUAGUAAAACAUCCUUCCAGUGUGUCAAAUGAAGCAAAUCAGUCUUUCAAUGUGUCAGAUGAAGAAGUAGAACAUGACAGAAUUUCGGAAGCUGGGAAAAAUCAUGCUAUACAAACUUUUCCGAAUCCAACAGCGCAUAAGACUGAAAGGAAUGAAGCACAGGCGGAGAGAACUUCAAAACAAGAAGAAAAUAUAAAACAUCCAACAAACGAAGAUCCACAAAGAAGCUCUUUAAUUAGUGGAGAAGACAAGAAUUCAAAUAAGGCUACAGAGAGUAAAGUCUGUAACUAUGCAAAAGGAAAAUGGGUUCUAGAUGACAAGCGGCCUUUGUAUUCUGGAUUUCAUUGCAAACAGUGGCUGUCAGCGAUGUGGGCAUGCCGCAUGAUGCAACGUACUGAUUUUACUUAUGAGAAGCUCAGAUGGCAGCCAAAUGAUUGUCAAAUGGAGGAAUUUGAAGGUUCUAAAUUUUUGACAAGCUUUUGUGCAUUCAGGAUGCAAAGCAAAACUCUAGCAUUUGUUGGAGACUCAUUGGGCCGGCAGCAGUUCCAGUCUUUAAUGUGCAUGGUCACUGGUGGUAAGGAGGCCCCUGAUGUACAAGAUGUGGGUGCAGAGUAUGGAUUGGUUCUGACAGAGGGAAAUUCCCGCCCUAGUGGAUGGGCUUACCGUUUCCCAAGCACCAAUACUACCAUUCUCUACUACUGGUCAGCAAGUCUCUGUGAUAUUGAACCAAUUGACAUAAACAACCCAGAAACAGAGUAUGCAAUGCACCUGGAUCGGCCACCGGCAUUUUUGCGCCAGUACCUUCACAGGUUUGAUGUACUGGUUCUCAACACAGGUCACCAUUGGAAUCGAGGAAAGCUCAAUGCUAACAAAUGGGUAAUGCAUGUUGGGGGGAAGCCAAAUACCAAUAGGAAAAUAGCAGUGAUAUGGGUUGCCAAGAAUCUUACAAUUCAUAGCAUUGUUAGUUGGGUGAAUUCACAGCUCCCAAAGUACCCUGGUCUGAAGGCCUUUUAUCGGUCCAUUUCUCCUAGGCAUUUUUUUGGUGGGGAGUGGAACACUGGAGGCAGUUGUGACAACACCACACCAAUGUCAAUAGGAAAGGAAAUAUUGGGUGAAGAGUCUACUGAUCAAAGUGCUGCAAGUGCAGUGAAAGGAACAGGAGUGAAGCUCUUGGACAUAACAGCUCUUUCUCAGCUUAGGGACGAGGCUCAUAUAUCACGGUACAGCCUGACAGCACAGCCAGGCGUGCAAGAUUGCUUACACUGGUGUUUGCCGGGUGUUCCUGAUACAUGGAAUGAACUAAUCUUUGCACAGAUCUAGUUUGUUGUGUUGGAGAGUAUUUGGUUGGCCUUAAAAACAUUACCACCAUUCCUUGAGUUGGAAUGGGUCACUUAACUUCGAAUACCAUAGUUUCGCAGAGGAUGUUGUCAUGGGGUUGCAAUGUAUCCAACUCUUGAGGUAAUAUUAUGAGAUAUUUGAAGCCGAAAAGCGCAGAGACACUAGAAUAUAAAUUAAACACUAGUUGGCAUGGCCCCUUGGAGUCCUCAGCAGAAAGGCCGAUGACAAAGGUGCAGUAUAGGAGCAUUUGAAGAAUGUUAGCGGAACGUGAGUUGCUAUUGUGUGGUGUAGCAGCAGCAGUAGCAGCAGAGGUUCUGGUCAGUAGGAUAGGAAGAUACUGUUGCUCUUAGAUUUGUCAAACCUUAAAGGGGUUUCAACUUUCAACCCUAUUACACAACAAUAUGAUGAUAUGUUAUGUAUCUCUCCCAGGCGGGAUUGAGUAUUAUAUGUGGGGGGUCCCUCCUUUUGUUGAAUAUUCUUUUUUAUCCAACUCCUGCAUAUCCAUUGA